AUGUCCAGAGCAUUCGCACCUGAAUCUGUGGGACUGCUGGGCUACCGGCCCGUGGCACCACUUCAAGAGGAGCUUGACAUUGCUUGCGCUGAGAUUAUAAAUCUUAGACGCGAGCAAAGGGAUGAACGGUUGGCAUGGAGGGAUGAGUGGAUAAAGCUGAACCACAGAAUUCACAACGAGAAGUACAAAGUGAACCGUCUGGAGGGACUCAUUGACGUCAGAGAAAAUGGAUUCAAGGAGGAACUCCAGAAAAAUGUCCAGACAAUUGAAAGGCUGGAGGCUGAGAUCCAAUGCCUCAACAGCAGCCUCAAAUUAAGAGACGAGCAGGUGGAGCUUAUCCAGUGCCUGGAGAAGGAGCAGAAAGAGAAGAUGUGGGCUCAACUUAAGGAGGAGAUACAGAAAGUUUAUGAGCUCCGAAAACAGCUUUUUCAGGCGACUCAGGAGAACCUGAAGGCUGUUUCUCUGAGCAAGAACAAUGAAACAAUGCUAAAGCUCACAAAACAGCAGCUUGAGCAGAGGGACAACCACAUCAUGGAGCUGAGUAGGGAGAACCAGAUCCUGAAAACCAGAGUCAGUGAGCUGGAGAAAAUGAAUAAAGAUCUGGUGGAAAAGGAGGAGACUCUUCUCGUCUCUCGAAAGAAAAGAGGCUUCCUGUCCAGAGUCUUUAAAAAGGAGACAGAGGAGGAGAAAACCCUCCGAAAACAACUUAAAGAGAAGAAGAAGGAAUUAAGGCAGCUGAGAGAAAGAGAAAAAGAGGAGGAAAGAGAACAAGAAGAAGAGCAAAGAGAACAUGAAGAAGAGGAAAGAGAACAAGAAGAGGAAAAAAGCAAAAAACAAGACAGGGGGAGAAAGAGAGUCAAAAAAGGUCUCUGGACCCUAAGAAUGAAGAAAAAGAGAGACACCCGGGUGAAGGAGGUUGCUGGUUGCUCGGCUGAUGUCGAGGAACAUUAG